AUGGGGGUGAAAACAAUAAAAAGAAUGGGGGGGGGGGGGGCGGGGGGGGGGGGGGGGGGGGGGGGGGGGGGGGGGGGGGGGGGGGGGUGGAAGGGGUGGGAGGGGGGGGGGGGAAAAAAGAAAAAAAAAAAGGGGGGGAUAGAAAAAAAAAAAAAAAAAAAAAAAAAAGGUGGGGGGGGGGGUAUAUAUAUAUAUAGGGUGUGUGGUUUAUAUAUAUAUAUAUUUUUUUUUGGUGGGGGGGGUGGGGGGGGGGGGGGGGGGGGGGGGGGGGGGGGGGGGGGGGGGGGGGGGGGGGGGGGGGGGGGGGGGGGGGGGGGGGGGGGGGGGGGGGGGGGGGGGGGGGGGGGGGGGGGGGGGGGGGGGGGGGGGGGGGGGGGGGGGGGGGGGGGGGGGGGGGGGGGGGGGGGGGGGGGGGGGGGGGGGGGGGGGGGGGGGGGGGGGGGGGGGGGGGGGGGGGGGGGGGGGGGGGGGGGGGGGGGGGGGGGGGGGGGGGGGGGGGGGGGGGGGGGGGGGGGGGGGGGGGGGGGGGGGGGGGGGGGGGGGGGGGGGGGGGGGGGGGGGGGGGGGGGGGGGGGGGGGGGGGGGGGGGGGGGGGGGGGGGGGGGGGGGGGGGGGGGGGGGGGGGGGGGGGGGGGGGGGGGGGGGGGGGGGGGGGGGGGGGGGGGGGGGGGGGGGGGGGGGGUGGGGGGGGGUGGUUUUGUUUUGGGGGGGGGUUGGUUUGGUGUUGUUGUUUAA